CGUUUCAUGUUUUGUCUGGUGCAAUAUUGCAGUGAUUGCCGGUCAGAAAAUUACCUUCCGCGACGUUGUCCUUUCCUAAUCCGUAGCCGAUACUAUAGUGUUGUGUGAAAAAAUGUCCGACACAAGGUAAUACGCGCCUGUCGAAGCCUUUGGGCCAACAAGUGAAAACAGUGAGUAGAAAUGGCCUCCAGUAACAACACUGUCGAAAGGAAGGAAACCUACCGCGAGCGUCAGGAAAUCGAACUGGAAGUGAUUCGUUCUAUCUACGAGAGCCAAGUGGAAGAUUUACGGUCCCCUGAAGGCAAAUGGCGCCCACUGGAAGUACGACUCCAUUUAACACCGCAAAAAGGAUCCGAGUGCGAAGCUUACGUGAGGACGGACCUCCACAUAAGUUGCCCAAAAAAUUACCCAAAAUACCCACCAAAAAUCGAACUGGAAAACACGGUCGGUCUAUCGACCACAUUGGUAAACGAACUGCUGGAACUGCUGAAGCAGCAAGCUGACAAAUUAAAGGGGGAAGUUAUGAUCUACGAGCUGAUCAACGUUGUUGAGAGCUUCCUUCAUCAAUACAACGUACCACCAAAAGGUAGCUUUUAUGAUGAAAUGUUAGCCAACCAAAAGCGCUUGGCAAUGGAUCGGCAGAACACCUUGAAAGCUGAGGAAGACCAACGCCGGCAAGAAGUGCAAAGCGAGCUGCAAAAACGAAAGAAGGAGCUCGCGCGAACGAGGAAAGAAUCUAAGCAUAGUAUUACCGAAGCAAGUCCGCUACAUCGGAACACCAGCUCCUCGGAAAACAGCGAAGGAAGCAGCUUUAAUGGGUCGUGCAAUAUUUGUCCGAACCCCCGUAGAAGCGAGACAUUGUUUUGCCGUGACGGAAGAAAAAUAGUGAAAGGUGCAUGCUUGGGCCACUCCCAGGACGGUUGCGUUGCUUACAGCGGAAUAGACAUUCAGACGGGACAACUGCUCUACCUGACCGAGUGGAAGGUGGACCUAAAUGAAGAUGGCAACAUAGCAAGCGGAAAAACGCCAGACGAAUUUGUUGCCGGCAUUGAGAAGCUAGCAGCCGGACUGGUGCCGCUGAAACAUAAAAACAUAAUUUCCUACGAGGGUGUUGUCUGUAAAAUAGGGAACGAUUCGAUCGAUAUAUUUGUGGCUCAAGAUUUUAUUCUCGGAACCAGUGUGUUUGCUUUAACCGGAGCACUAGGAUGGAGCGUCCAAGGCGCUAGUAUGGUAGCUAAGGGGAUAUUAGAGGCACUCAUAUAUCUACAUAACAAUGGAGUCUCACACGAUGGCCUGUCCGACUCGAACGUAUUCUUAGACAACUCCGGGUGUAUUAGGGUAGCAGCCUUCAAACUGAUCCCGUACCUUCAGAAACUUAAAGAAGAUAAGCAGGACAUCAUCCAAGGCGAUCUUACGUCGCUUGGAGAUGUCGUUGAAUGCUUAUGCAGGCCAUAUGCCCGAACCUCCGAGAUGCAAGAUUUCGUCGAAAGCUGUAAAUCUGAGCGAACCAUAUCAGCUUCAGAUCUUCUUGAACACCCCUUCCUUCGGCAGUUACUUUUCCAAGAUGUCCUUCGAAACAACCAGGACCACCAAAGGCAGGUCCACAAUCUAGCGCAGCCGGAAAAAUCCCACCUUUCGAUGAUUCCAGCCUACAUGAAUACCUCACUUAGCGGGGAGAAAUCACGGCUGCAAACGGAGUUCGAAGUUCUGUCUUACAUCGGCAAGGGUGCUUACGGUGAUGUGAUCAAAGUUCGCAACAUUCUGGACAACCGACAGUACGCGAUUAAGCGUAUUUUGUUGCCGGCACGACGUAAACAAUUUUAUAAAAAGAUGACCCGUGAGGUGCAAGUUCUAUCCCGACUGAACCAUGAAAACGUGGUCCGUUACUUCAACAGUUGGGUCGAAAAGGUUAAUCCGGAUGAUGAAAUCUACCAGCGGGUAGAAUCGAGCUGUGAUUGGUCACUAAGUACCGGAAGCGCACGUCCACGUGUUGCGACUCAGGUGGCGAAAAAGAACAGUGAAAUCAAUUCAGACUGGGUCAUUGAUUCAAGCAGCAGCAGCGAGGACGAUGAUGACGACGACGACAACGGCAGAUCCGAUGGGAUAGAAUUUGUAGAUUCCAAUGGCGAAGUGGCAACCUACGAAAGCUUCAGCGACGUGGAAGCUGCGGCAAAUGAAAAAGAACGACGCAGUGCGACGCCUGGCCUUCCAAUGGAUAUGCUUUACAUGUACAUUCAGAUGGAGUUUUGCGAAAAGAGUACCCUUAGAACCGCCAUCGAUGCCAACCUCUACUUAGAUGUUGAGCGAGUUUGGCGCCUAUUCCGGGAGAUCGCUGAAGGUCUUUUUCACAUCCACCAGCAGGGAAUGAUCCAUCGUGAUCUGAAACCGGUAAAUAUCUUUCUUGACUCCCGCGAUCAAGUCAAAAUCGGUGAUUUCGGACUGGCAACUACCAGUAUUCUGGCGCUGCAGAAUCAACAGCAAGAGCGCAUAGCCCAAAGUCAACAGAUCAAAUCCUUAGAUAUGGGUAACUCACUGACUGGCAAAGUGGGAACGGCACUGUACGUAGCCCCUGAACUAACUGGCAACGCCUCAAAGUCCACCUACAACCAAAAGGUCGAUCUCUACUCGCUUGGCAUAAUACUAUUCGAAAUGAGCACUCAGCCGCUUGAAACCGGAAUGGAAAGAGUGACAACGCUAAUGGAGCUCCGAUCGGAUUCCAUUCGUUUCCCGGAAUCAAUGCUCACUGACGACAACUACACGCAGCGAGUCCAGGUCAUUCGUUGGCUGCUCAACCACGACCCUAGCGAGCGACCAACGGCCGAAGAGCUGCUCGCAUCGGAACUAAUUCCAUCAGCUCGUCUGGAGGCAAACGAAGUUGAGGAAAUUAUUCGCAAUGUAGUUUCCCAACCACAAUCGCGCAACUACAAACAUCUGAUGGCUCACUGUUUUGCACAGCAAACCAAAAUGAUCGACGACCUAAGCUACCACCUAGAUAUGGUAUCGAUACUCCCCCGUUUCGACUACAUAAAAGCGAAAAUCGUCGAAUUGUUUAGAAAACACGGUGCAAUCGAAAUCGUAACUCCACUAUUGACGCCCUACACUCAAUCAACUGCACGUGACGACACAGUUAAACUCCUAACUCAUUCGGGGAGUAUCGUGACCUUGCCGGACGAUUUGCGAACACCGUUAAUACGCUAUGUUGCUCUGCAAGGAAUAAAAUUCAAGCGACUUUAUGCGGUUGGUAGAGUUUAUCGAGAGAAAAAGGCUUUCAAUUUUCACCCGAAACAAGUGCACGAAUGUGCGUUCGACAUCGUCACUCCUUACCGAGGUAGUUUGUUAGUCGACGCAGAAAUAAUCUUUAUAGCACACGAUAUUAUGCGGGAACUAGAAAUGCUCGACCAACAGCGAGGCAUAUUCUUCCGUAUCAAUCACAUUAGUCUGUUACGGGCAAUGCUUGUAUACUGUAAUGUUCCUGAAAAAAAGUACAAAGAACUGUUCGAACUUAUGCUGGACUUUCUCGAUAAAAAAAUUUCCCGGUUCCAAUUAGAGGCGUCGGUAAACAGUCAAAUAACUCAGUUAGGUGUCAACAUUAACACCGGUUUUUUAAAUGAAGCACUCCUAAUACAGCUCUCGCUGGAACAAGUUGAUGGGUUCUUGAGGACAUUGACCCGAGGUAAAGGAGAAGCAGCCAAGGAGGCUAAGGUGGCACACAGGGAACUGGAAACGGUCGUUUCCCUUGUUCAGAGCAUGGGCGUGCAAUGUCCGAUAUACGUCUGCCCGGGCCUACCAAUCAACUAUGAAAUUGCAAAGAACGGAGGCAUUGUAUGGCAGCUAAUUGGGGCACUAAAAGCGAAAAAGAAGAAUCCAUGGACCACGAUAGCCGUGGGAGGACGGUAUGAUUCCAAGCUAUCGGAUUAUCUAAAUUCGGGGGUUAAUGCUCCCACAAAUGUAAUCAGUGGAGCCGGUUUCAGUUUGCAGCUGGAUAAAUUAGUUAAUGCCAUCGACUUACCGAAAAGUUGUGUGGACACAGAAGCAAUGAUUUGUGUUACCGGAUCUAGACCUCCGCUGAAGGAAGCCGUUCAAAUACUUCGUUCAUGUUGGUCUCACGGUAUCAAGACCAAUCUACUGGAGGGCGUUUUGCCGAUUGAAGAAUCGGCCGAGAAAGCUGGAGCAAAGCUGGUGGUCAUACUUGGUGAGGGUGGCGAACUGCGAGUUCGCACACGAGACCACAAUCGCUUCCAAGAGCGGCACGUGAACCGACCAGAACUGAUCAGCUACAUGCUGAGGAUCCUUCGACCUGAUCCUGCAGUAAACGACGUAUCGGUAGCACUACUGAACACAUCAUUGACAAGCACCAGUUCAACCAAAAGCAUACCGUUGACCAGCCAACAAUCACAGAACAACAGCUCGCGUUCGCUUGAUCUCAUCUUCUUGACAUCGGUUAAAUAUAACAGUAAUAAAAAGAAACGCUAUGUGAAUCAGGUUGAACACAAACUCUCCCCGGUAUUGGCCAAGUUCCAAAGGAAAGAAAAAAUCUCGAUCAUUAUGGUUGAUCUUCCGAAUGAUCCCUUGCGCAGCCUGAUCGGUUUGCUAGAUCCAUCAAAAUACGCCAAUCAAGACGAAUCUUAUUCGCACUCGGCGGAACUUGCGGCCCUUACCGAUCGAUAUCCCAAACAUAAACAUAACAUUUCGGAGAUUUAUAACGAAAUUGUAGAUAUUUUCAGCAAGAACAAAACGAUGCCAAUAGUUGGAGUCUACAGCGUGCUGGAUUCCUUCUGUCGGCUAAUACUGUAAGCAUUACUAAAAUCAACCUGAAACCGUUUUUCGAAUAGGAGAAGCCAGAAUCAUAAAAAGUUAAAACACUUCUUUACUAUGUAGUAGCUUUUAAUUCUGUUUUGUCGUCUUUUGAUUCUUAUUGGAGGAAAAAAUAGAGAU